AUGCGCAAAAAGGCGUCGGGCGAUGCGUCCAAAGAAGACCCAAUGCAAAAUUUGUACAAGGCCGACGGUCUUACCAAACAAUCCUUCAGUAUUACCACUGCCUCCAACCGUAAGCUACACGUCAUCUCCUACUUCCGCAAGCAGGAUGUACGAAUGGGCCUGUUGCGCCGCGUGAGCGAGGACCCUCGGAUCACCGGCACAGGACCGGAAUCGUGGCAUGUGCAUGUUGAUGAAAAAGAGUUUGGCGAGCUACUCAACCGUGAAAAUGAACAGCUGCCGGAGACGGUGACGCUGAGCCGACCCGGUAAAAUGCCUUUGUCGCCCACUCACACGGAUUUCCGCGGCACGAAACGCUCUAGUUCGGAGCGCGAGCGCGACAGUGAGGCAGGACAUGCCGAGGAGAUGCCGAUGAGGAAUCGCAUUUCCCACAUUAACUACAUGCCGCGCCGUCCAAUGCAACCGUCUCCGCCGUAUGUGCGCGAGAUGGACGGCCACAUGACAUACCCUAUGCCGUAUGCCCUCGGCGAAGAUGUGGCCAUGAAGCGAUACCGUUACGACCAUGCCCCCACGUACCUGCACUAUCCAGGCACGGCCCCCCUCCACCUCUGCCUGCAAUGA